ACUUUAAUCCCUUGUCUUCUUUAAUUAAUUUCUUUCUAUUAGCCUUGGCAAAGAGUUGUUAUUACAACAUGACUGACUCAAAGGCCUAUCUUCCCUUCAUUCUUUUUGUGUUUCUUCACUUGUGCUCUCAUGCAUUGACUCGUCAACUAUCUGAGGAUUCAACAAGUGGCGAAGCUGAUUACUAUAAAAAAGAGAGAACCAUGGUAUAUCCAAUGCAAAUAAAACCGGUUGAACCGGUUCAACCAAUUCCACCGAUGGAUCCAUAUCCAACACCGCCACAACGUCCAUAUCCAGAACCGGAGCAAGAUUUUCUUUCUCGUCGCCAUAAUAAUAUUCAUACAACUAAUUAUUUGAUUGGAUACUACCAACCUUUUAUUACUUCUCCAAUGUCUUCAACUAAAACGGAUCACCAUACUCAUUCAAAGGUUCAUCAGCCAUUAAGCUUGGAAGAUAUUGAUAAUGCAAAGGUUUCUGAGUUAUUAGAAGAUUCAACAAAUAACCAAAUUGAUUAUCAUCCCAGUUACUACCAACAAGACAGAACUAUGAGAUAUCAAAAUUUGCCAUCAGUAGCAAAAAGAAAAUAUCCAAAAAAUCCACAUACAAAUCCAUAAGUGGUUAAUCAAAUAACUUUGAGGAUGGACAUAAACCAAGGUCUUCAGCUGAUAUUGAUUGGAAGACUUUCAUGCAUUUCCAGCCAAAUCUUUUACCAUGAUACAUGAAGAAAAUACAGGUAUAGUUGUGACAUUAAAUAAUUGAAUCUAUGGACCGUAAUACAAAUUAAGGAGUGAAUACCUAACUCGGCCCUAACAAUUACCUCAAAGGGAUUACGAGGCCCCAAAACAAAUAUCUUUUCCAGUCCCUGAUCUUUAUUUUUAUGGGACCGAUUAGUCCCUGUACCAAAAAAAAAUAUUGACACAGUGACUAAUCAGUCCUAUAAAAAUAAAGAUCAAGAGUAGGAAAAAAAUUUUUUUUAUUAAGAAUUUCAUUGUCUUUUGAAGUAAUUGUCAGGAUCGUUUAGAAUUUUUUUC